GAAGAAAAUCUGGUUUCUUUCCUUGCUAUCGGGGUUUAUUUUUGCCCUUUAGCAGUGAAGCGCGCUUUACUUAACUGCCUGAGACUACAAAGAGGCUUGAAGGAUGGGUUUUACAGGUCCGCCAGCGUUCCCUGCCCACUAGGGAUCUCAUCCUUAGGUGGAGAUGCUAAAUGCUUCUCUAUUGGUUUGCUGGCUAGCCCUGGACCUGCAUGCAGCCUUCCUUCCCACUGCAUCCCUCCUUGUUUGGGAAGAAUCUGUGUUGCAAGCCCUUCCGUUAUUUUUCGACUUUUUUGGCUCUUCGUCCCUAUGGACCAUAUAUGACUGGGUAAGGGGCUUUGGCCUCAGGGACUCGCAGCAACGGUUUAAAGACCACCACCAGGCAGGGCCUGAAACUAGUGGUUCUAAAGUUGGCUGCGUUUCCAUGGUGUCGGUCUGGGAGCCGUGGGGGCGGGUUCACGCAAGCGCCGAGGAGGUAGGUGGGAGGAAGCCGAGUGUGGGCGCGCAGGCGCCUAAGAGACUGUGAAGCCGGUGGCCGGUGGCCGGGCGGCACCAACAAAGAUGGCGGCGGCCCUUGCGGCGGGAGCAAGCUGGGCAACAGCUGCGGCUAAAGCUGCAGCCCGGCCUGCGGGGAGGCUGUUUGGGGGUCGGAGGGGGUGGCCCUGAGCUGGAGCUGGACCCCAGCUGGCCUCCCCCGCUGCCUCACCGGGGGACAGGGCCCAGAUGCCAAGUAGGACCCCAGAAUUGGAGGAGGGAGUGGAUUGCAGAUCACCCGUUUAAUCGGCUUCGUUUGCAACCCAGAGGAGCAGGGGUUGAGCUUGGAAUUCUGUCUUUUGGACUGAUUCCUGCGUCCACAGUCCCAGGUCCAGCCUGCGGUGCCCACAAUGCCCCAGGCUUCUGAGCACCGCCUGGGCCGGACUCGAGAGCCACCUGUCAAUGUACAGCCCCGAGUGGGAGCCAAGAUCCCACUUCCUCCUCGGGCCCGCAGCAAGGAGCGCCGAAACCCAGUUCCUGGGCCAAACUCCAUGUUAAGACCUUUGCCUCCCAGGCCAGGUCCCCCAGAUGAGAGGCUCAAGAAACUGGAGCUGGGUCGGGGUCGAAUCUCAGGCUCUCGUCCUAGAGGUCCCCUUCGAGCAGAUCAUGGGGUUCCCCUGCCUGGCUCACCGCCCCCAACUGUGGCUCUGCCUCUCCCAUCCCGGACCAACUUAGCGCGUUCCAAGUCUGUGAGCAGUGGGGACUUGCGUCCAAUGGGGAUUGCCUUGGGAGGGCACCGUGGCGCCAGCGAGCUCGGGGCUGCCCUGAGCCGCUUGGCACUCCGGCCUGAGCCACCCACUUUGAGACGUAGUACUUCUCUCCGGCGUCUUGGGGGCUUCCCUGGCCCCCCUACCCUGCUCAGCAUACGGACAGAGCCCCCUACUUCCCAUGGCACCUUCCACAUGAUAUCUACCCGGCCUUCUGAGCCUUUCUACUCUGAUGACAAGAUGGCUCAUCACACACUACUUCUGGGCUCUGGUCAUGUUGGCCUCCGAAAUCUAGGAAAUACAUGCUUCCUGAACGCCGUGCUACAGUGUUUGAGCAGCACAAGGCCUCUUCGAGACUUCUGUCUGCGAAGGGACUUCCGGCAGGAGGUGCCCGGAGGAGGCCGAGCCCAGGAACUCACAGAAGCCUUUGCAGAUGUGAUUGGUGCCCUGUGGCACCCUGACUCCUGUGAAGCUGUGAAUCCUACCCGAUUCCGGGCCGUCUUCCAGAAAUACGUCCCUUCCUUCUCCGGAUACAGCCAGCAGGAUGCCCAGGAGUUCCUGAAGCUCCUCAUGGAGCGGCUGCACCUUGAAAUCAACCGACGAGGCCGCCGGGCCCCGCCAAUCCUGGCCAGUGGUCCGGUUCCCUCGCCACCUCGCCGAGGAGGGGCUGUGCAUGGAGAGCCUGAAUUGAGUGAUGACGACCGAGCCAACUUAAUGUGGAAGCGCUACCUGGAGCGAGAAGACAGCAAGAUCGUGGACCUGUUUGUGGGCCAGCUGAAAAGUUGCCUCAAGUGCCAGGCCUGUGGGUAUCGCUCCACGACCUUCGAGGUUUUUUGUGACCUGUCCCUGCCCAUCCCCAAGAAAGGGUUUGCUGGGGGCAAAGUGUCUUUGCGGGAUUGCUUCAGCCUCUUCACCAAGGAGGAAGAGCUGGAGUCGGAGAACGCCCCAGUGUGUGACCGAUGUCGGCAGAAAACACGAAGUACCAAAAAGCUGACAGUACAAAGAUUCCCCCGAAUCCUCGGCUUAGAUCUGAACCGAUUUUCCACCUCCCGAGGCUCCAUCAAGAAAAGCUCAGUCGGUGUAGACUUCCCGCUGCAGCGGCUGAGUCUAGGGGACUUUGCGAGCGACAAAGCGGGAAGCCCUGUCUACCAGCUGUAUGCCCUUUGCAACCACUCGGGGAGUGUCCACUGUGGUCACUACACAGCCCUGUGCCGGUGCCAGACUGGUUGGCAUGUCUACAAUGACUCCCGUGUCUCCCCCGUCAGUGAAAAUCAGGUGGCAUCCAGUGAGGGCUACGUGUUGUUCUACCAAUUGAUGCAGGAGCCACUUCGGUGCCUGUGACACCAUCUUGAAGCCCUGGCACCUGUGAAAACCCUCUGAACACCCUUAAGCCCCCAGGCUCCCCACUUACCUCACAGACGUCUAUUUUUGUGUCUUUUUAAUCGGGGAGGGGAGGAGGGUUGGCUGUAGCUCCCGUUAUUUUUUUUAUUAAGAAGUCCCUUCCGCCUUGUUUCCCUGUCCCAUGUACAGAAACCACCAGGCCCUUGACCAUGUACAGCCCCCAGAACCUCUGCAAUCUCACUUUUUUGUGAAUAAAUUUAUUAAGAAAACGUGA